UGUCACGGUGACAUAUAAACAAGCCCAUCUCUCGAGCUACUGCUGCAGAGUUGUACAGCCCCGUUUAGGCCCGUGCACGCCCGUUCAGGCCCAUGCAGGCCCGUGCAUGCCCAUGCGGCGAGGCGGCGGCGCGCUAUGAGUCAGUUCCCGCUGUUCCGGCUGGGCACACUGCUGGCUCGCCAGCUCAGUGCGCCCAUCGCUACUCGGAUUAAGGCGGUGGCGGUGAACCACCCGUGGUUCCGGCGGCACGUGUGCGUGCGCACGGGCCGCGCGUUCAACGCCUGCCAGCUGCGGCUGCGGCUGUGGACGCUGGCGCUGCGCCAGCCGCGCCGCCUGCCGCCCAUCUCCGACCACGCCGCGCUGGAGUCGGGCGCCAGCAUCCUCGGUGAAGCGAUAGUGUUCGGCGUGGGUGGGCUUAUUGUCAUUUUCGAAGUAAACAGACAAGCGAACAAGCAAGAAGAUAAGGUGUUGGCGGAAGCAUCGCAGUGGCUGGCAUUGUUGGUGUCCCUGGAGGAGCUGCAGCGGGAGCUGGUGCUGCAGCAGCAGGACAUCGACCGGCUGUCCGCCGCACUGCGCCGCCUCGCGCCGGACCGCUUCCCGCCGACCCAGCAGGACUCGCAGCCAGACUCGUCUGACCAGCCAGUGCAGCCUGCACCACCGACAUCAUCAUCUCCACCGCUACCUGAGCCUACUGCCGAGCUUGAUGCAGGGCCUGCUCCAGCGGCGACGUCAGAACCCCCGCCGCCCCCGACAUCAGACUGUCCUCCUCCGCUAACACCAGAAUGUCCUCCACCGCCAACGACAGAAUGUUAAAUAUAAAACCCUCGCUCUAUAUUAAAUUGUUAAGUCAAGUAAAUUGCUCUAUUAUCUAAUUUGUAACGCGCUCUUGUUAUGGCAGAGAUAAUUUUGUACUCGUAAGACAUGGUGAUGAUAAUAAUUUGUUGCACGAAGCAGUAUAUCAAAACGCGUGUCAGACGGCAGGACUGGCAGCAGUAUAACACGGCGCGUGUCAGACGGCAGGACUGGCAGCAGUAUAACACGGCGCGUGCCAGACGGCAGGACUGGCAGCAGUAUAACACGGCGCGUGUCAGACGGCAGGACUGGCAGCAGUAUAACACGGCGCGUGUCAGACGGCAGGACUGGCAGCAGUAUAACACGGCGCGUGUCAGACGGCAGGACUGGCAGCAGUAUAACACGGCGCGUGUCAGACGGCAGGACUGGCAGCAGUAUAACACGGCGCGUGCCAGACGGCAGGACUGGCAGCAGUAUAACACGGCGCGUGUCAGACGGCAGGACUGGCAGCAGUAUAACACGGCGCGUGUCAGACGGCAGGAC